AUGGGGACAAACAGGACUAGCCUUCAAGCGGGUUACACCCGGCUUGUUUGCUGCACAGGUUGGAACUACACUAUGAAUUUCCUUAGACACAUUCGCAAAUUCUCCCUCCCCCUCACUGUCAGUCAUCGUCUCUUAAUAUCAAGUGCAGCGUCUGCUUCAAAGCAGCUCGAACGCGACUGCUGGAGCUGUCUCAAACGUAUUAGCUGUCAGACCUUCUUCUGCGAGUGUGGCAAAGUUCAGUCUUUCAGUCCCUCAUGGAACUACUUCGACUACUUUGGUUUCACCAAGCCCACUAUGCGUAUUGACUUAAAUGAGCUUUCCCGCAUGAAGCGCAAACUCCAAAUGGCCUUUCAUCCUGACAAAUUUGCUCGCUCUACCAAGGAGGAGCGAGAGAUCGCAACCACCGUCUCCACACAGAUUAACGAUGCAUUCACGGUCCUCUCCAAUCCGAUCACACGAGCUGAGUACAUUUUAACGCUUAACGGAAACCCCUGCUCUUCGGAAGAUGUCGCUAUCACCGAUACCGCCUUCCUCACCGAUGUGCUGGAGGCCAACGAACACGUGGACGAGUUGGCCGAGAUGGUGAAGACGGAAGAGUGUAAACAGACGUUGGAACGUGUUCUGGCUGCACUUUACGCCAUCGUGAUGACACGAUGGGGUAGGGAGAUGGACCAAUUGACCCGAUUUAUCGACGCGGCGAACUGGGAAGCCGCGCACCAAGCCAUCUCGCGUUUACGUUACUACGAACGCCUGAAGAAGCGCCUCCAGGAUCUAAGACCUGAUUUCGCAACGAGAGGCAUUAGAACCCCCUUCAAUGGUAGGGGAGUUGACUGUGAUUCGUCUCUGGGAUAG